AUGACCGAUCCUCUUCCUACCAACCCCAACGCCCCACCUUCGACCACGUUCUUUCAUCCUUCUCGAGGUUCAGAUGUCGCGGACAUCGUGUGCUUAUCCUCUCAUCCGCUCGUUCCAGGACGUGAGGGUAACAUCUAUCUCCUAUGUGGCAGAGGCGACGCCGCUUCCAUGCAGAAUGUGUUCACCCGAGCUGUUCGAACGCAGUACCCUGCGACGGCUGCGGACGCGAUUGCUGAAGGGUACUUUAUUGUCAGAGCUCGCGACGAGCCUCGCUUUCUAUGGAGGAAUAUGGAUGGAGACCAAGAUCCUAUGAAGGAUAUAUUAGUGGUGUGGACGAAAGCUGGAGAUAAGCAUAACGAAAACACCCUCAAGCUCCUCAAAGACGCCAGGGACCGGCUUCACGGCAAUCUCGAGGAUACCACCCCUGACAAGCCGACAUUCGAUGCAACGACCAAGACAUAUUCGGGAGGUCUUGCAUUCGAGAGAAACGCUGCUGCUAUACCAUUAGACGCCAACAAACGGGCCUAUCCUCUUACCGUUUCUUAUCAAUUCGCGCGCGAUAUGGACGCCCCACAUAAGGCCAGAAAAACAGAGGGAAAGACACUCGACGAACACGCUCGCCUUGUACGUGAUAUCGUCCAGGCAGGAGUUUUGGCGGGUAUUGCAGGCCUCGAGGAAGGAUCGAAAGAGUUGGCGGAGGCGCUUCAAGACAGAUCUGAGUAUCUUAACAUCCCUCGCGUCGGAGACAGUCGAAACGCUUAUUUCCCUGCCGUGCAACUGAAUAUUUCGGCAGCCGUGUCUGCAGAUGAUGUCACUACCCUUCGUGAUGUCCUCGGUCCAUUUGGUGGCAAUCACGUUGAUUGUGGCGAUUCAGCUGGGGGGAUUACAGCCAUGACCAACUCUAGCUAUCCCCAUCCUGACGUGGCGCCAGAAAUCACGUACUGUGCAGACUACAAGAUCGCGGUUAUCAUGCUGGAAUUCGACACCAUAAUGUUCAACGGACUUCGUUGUCAUGGAGCGGUUAUCUCUCGAUACAACGCACUUCGCACUCACCUUCGUCACUAUCACCGUAAUAUGAUCAUUUGCUAUUCGCCCAGCAAAUUUUUCGAUAUUCCGGGAUCAUCAGCUCAGGGGUCUUUACCGACAGCGAUAGGGAAGGAACGCGUGUGGCAAAUCGCCAGUGAGAUGAAGAAUUGGGGGGUCGUAUCGUCAUUUACCAAGCAUGCCUCGGGUCAAGCGUCGUACGGAAUUGAUGGCGAGGCUAUACUUACCGGCGAAGCGCACUUCGAACAUUUCACUCGCGCCCUUUUACAAUUCAACGCCUUUAUCGUCAAUCAGUUCCCUCCCCAUUAUCUCAUGCGAAUCGACAAGGAUCAGUUUCUGGCGGCAUUCUCCUUUGUCAACGAUGAUGGUGUACGAACCGCUUGCAGACCUUGGGCACUAGGCCCAGGAUGGACAGGAUCCGACACCGCUAUCGGCACUCAGUACGAGCAAAACCUUCGCAAAAUGCCUUCUGAUCAACUCCUUCGUCUCCAUAACUCGGACAGCCUUUCCGACUAUCGGUACGGAAACACUCUGGUCGCACAGCAUAUACGAUCUUGGAACCAUCAUCUCAAAGCUCAAAGUGCCACCAUCCCGCUUUGUAUCGCAUCUGACAUUACCGGCGUCAGGGACUUCCAAGCAAAUCCCAGUCUUCGAAGGAAUGUUACCAGGUCUACACGAAAGGCAGGGGAGACGACAUCCUCUGGGACCGCAUCCUCUAAAAACGGCAUGGAAGGUAGUAAAGACCGAGAUGAAGAUCAGAAUCAGGACACUGAGACGAGCGGAAGGCGUACGAGGCAGAGUGGUGGAGACAGAAAUAACCCCGAGGUGUCGGGAAGUGGGCCGGUCAAUGAUGGGGGGAGGGAGGGGAAUAGGAAGGGAAAGGGAAAGGAGACGGAUAAAAGGAGGAGGAAGGAAAGGCAGGGAAAAGAGAAGGAGAAGGAGAAGGAGAAGGAGAAGGAGAAGGAGAAGGAGAAGGAGAAGGAGAAGGAGAAGGAGGGGAGGGAACGGGAGAGAGAGGGAAGGGAAAGGGAGGGGAGGGGGAAAGGGAAGGGGAAAAGGACGGCGGAUUGGGAUGCUUAUACUCCGAGCGAUGCCGAGGACGAUACAGACCUUUCGGAGGAUGGAGUUCCUGCCAAACGUGUAAAGCAGAGGAGCGGCAAUUCAUUGGAUCAGCGCGCUACAGACAACACGUACUCCGACAGUCGAGCGUUGGCGGAUGAGCCUUAUUGGAGACAGAUCGAUGGUCCAGUAGCCGAGGCGGAUAUUGCUGGCAGGAUAUGCAGCAUCAAGCGCAUGAUGGACACCGUCGCCGACAUUGCUGAAUGCAUCCGCGAGAGCAAAGACGAACAUAUCUCAUUCCCCUUGGUCAACGAACUCUUGGGCGACCUCUGUCAGCUAUUACGCAACAACGAUAUACUGGGCGUUUGGAAGGUUCAUUCACAGCUGGGUGCAAAACAGCGAUCGUUCGAAAUCAACGCCAUUUGUCACCGCGGUCUCAACUUGAUGGUCAACAUGGUGUCGUGGAAGUGGCUGCGUUGUUCGAUGGAGAAGGCGUAUGUAGCCUUCCGCAACAACGAAGACACCUGGCUGGGCCCUCUGAUCGCGAAGUUGGACUCGUUUGUUUUGAACCCGAAGAAAGAGCUCGAGCUAUAUGCGAAGGAUCUGCUGACAACCAUGCCCCACUCCGACAAGGUGUAUGUCCUCGCGCCGCUGAAAAGAAGGGUGUUCAUCACCGAUACCUUGGAAGAUUACAUCCUUCUCAUGGAACCUAUCUUGCUUGCUUGGUUCGAAUUUCCUCAAUCUCCUACCAAUCGUGUAAGGGCGGACCUAUGCGAUGUCGUGGUGGAUCAUCUGGGAAUAUGGGCUCUCUUCUUACCAGAGUUGUGGGAUAUUUGUCGUAACAUCAAGCUUAUCACGGCAGGGAAAACCGGUCGCUUUCCAUCGCAGAAGGUCAACUCCUGGGUUCGGAACUUUGGACUCGCAUUACAGGAACUGCACACGCCUGAGAUAACAGAGAUGGUGAAGGAGUUCGCGGGACUACUGGAAACGUUUUCGCAGGGUUAUUUGUCGGAGUUGACUUUGGAUCAGGUGUUUAUUAGCGUGGUGCGCGAGGGGAAGUCUAUUAAUGCUAGUGGAGUCGUACUGCCACAUAGAACCGGAGGCAGCGAAGAAGUUGAUUUGACUCAUUUCAUUCGACAACUCGAACUACUCCUGCCAAUUCUCGACCAUCCCGAUAACUCUCUCUUCGUGUGUUCUUCCCUCGAAGACGGCAACGACAGCCGGAAAAGUCGCGCUAUUGCCAAAUUCAUGAAACACGUAUUCGACAACGGAGAUAAAAAGUUACCGUUCCGCGACCUCGCCCCUUCCAGACGACGAAUUCUUGAAGCCGAUGGUCCGUUCUCGACUACCCACUUACGAACAAGAGCAGGGUUGUUCAGUGCCGCGGUAUACAGAGGCAUUACCCAUAACACACCGUUCCUGAUCGAACAUUCAGAAACGUUCUUCAUGAAUGCUACCCAUUUUCGUGCGCGACUCCAAGCUUAUCCCGAUCAACCGUCAUCUUUCUUCUGCAAUCAGUCAGCGUAUGGUGUCAGAACAAAUAGAACGGUCGAUAUCGCAGAGGCGUUGUGGGAGGCGACCGGAGAGGACGAGUGUAACAGCUGGCUACUGGGAGAGAGCCUUUCCCAUCCCAUCACCUUCCAAGCUCUCCGAGAUCUGUUCAACACGGCCAAGUUUCCGUCUUUUGGGCCCUUGACAGCAUACCUUCUCGCGGGCGAUUAUGCAAUCGCCGGUGUAGUGCCUAUGCCGUCUCUUGAAGACAUGGCUGAGGUCAUUCACUCCCUCGGCAAGGGUGCUUUGAAAGGCCUUAAGUCUCUUGGGUAUAAUUGCGAUGAUUGUCCAUCUAUUUUUUUGGCCCUUCGACACCUCGACGCUGAAAUUAUUCGUUCAUUCGGACCAGAAAUACGUCAAAAGAUGGGUUACAACGUGUUUGUCAUUGAGCAUAUGCUCUGUAAAUUCGGGAGGUUAUCGACCCAAUUAUAUAGGGAUACUCUGUAA